GCUCUCUCAGGAACACAAUGGUAUCAAACAACAACAAUUAGAGGUGACAAUCAAUUUUUAAAUGUUUAGCUUACUAUCAGACAUAGAUUGGUAUGAGACAGAUAGCAGAAAUGAUGUUCUAUCUACUAAAGUUGUGCAGUCGAUUGUGUCUUACUCAACUGAGCUAGAUUCAUUGACAUCUGUGUUAUCUUAUCAUCCAAGCUGAUUACUACAUUUUAAACAUGCGAUUAUAAUUAUUCAAUUCAGUUGUAUUUGCAAAUUUAUAGGAUCCACUUCCAUCAAGACAUCACCAUUACACAACUAGGUCAACGCCACGUGUAUGAGAGGAAGCUAAAUUCUAUUGUAGACGUUGAUACUUUGACUUAAAGUCUUGAUUCCAAAAAAAUGGCGUUGAAUUUAUUUACUGUUGGAUUGAAUUUAUUAAAAAAAUCAUCUCUCUCCCAAGGGAAACGACACUUUUCUAGCAUUGGAUUCGUUGGAUUAGGCAACAUGGGCAACUAUAUGGCCAAUAAUCUCAUUAAAAAGGGCCACAAAAUAGUUGUGUAUGAUGUCAAUAGGUCAGCUUUGACUAACUUGGUUGAAGCUGGUGCUAAAGAAGCUUCAAGUGCUGCUGAGUUGUCAAAAAACUCUCAGAUGGUCAUCACCAUGCUGCCUACUAAUGAUCAUGUUUGGGAAUCCUAUACAGGGAAUGAUGGAUUAUUGAGUACAGCAGAAAAAAAUACUCUGUUCGUUGAUAGCAGUACCAUUGAUCCCUCAGUAUCCCAAAAGGUUCAUCAAGAAGCUACGAAGAAAGGAGCUAAAUUUAUUGAUGGUCCAGUUUCAGGAGGUGUUGUUGGAGCUCGUGAUGGAACCUUGACGUUCAUGGUCGGUGGUGAGAAGGAACAAUAUGACCGUGCUAAACCCAUUUUAGAAGCAAUGGGAACAAGAAUUGUUCAUUGUGGAGAUGUUGGGAUGGGCCAAGUAGCUAAGUUAUGUAAUAAUAUGCUGUUGGCAAUCAGCAUGAUUGGGGUAUCAGAAGUUGUUAAUUUGGCUGACAGACUUGGUUUGGAUCCUAAAGUGAUGACCAGCAUCUUAAAUACAAGCACAGGAAGAUGUUGGUCCUCUGAAGUUUAUCCUCCGGUUCCAGGUAUCAUUGAUACUGUGCCAAGUUCAAACAACUAUGAGGGAGGGUUUUUAACUCACUUGAUGACUAAAGAUCUUGGUUUAGCACAGGCUGCUGCUACUAGAUCUUCCACUCCAAUACCUUUGGGAUCUUUGGCACAUCAAGUUUAUAGAAUGCUCAUGACACAUGGCCAUGCAAAUCGUGAUUUUAGCAUAAUUUAUCAAUAUUUAAAAAAUUGUAAAGUGUAAAUAAAGAUGUUUGAUUAAGCAAAA